AUGACGACCAAGGCGAAGCUCGGGGAGCUAAUGUGGGAGCACCGGCUGCGUGCGGCGGCGGCGGUGGCGUUCCUCGCCGUCGCCGUGGUGUCGAUCUCCGCCGUCGGGCCCAGGCUCGGCGCCGUGGUCUCCUUCUUCUGGCCGCUGCUCGUCUCCACGGGCUUCUUCCUCGUGGCCAUCACCGUGCUGCUCCGGAUCUCGCCGCCGCCCAGCGGCGCGGAGGAGUCCGGCAAGGAGAUCAUCGACUUCGUCGCCGGGUGCCGCCCCGAGCACCUCCUCCCGGAGGCGUCCGCCACCGUGGAGGUGCCGCCGGAGCCGGAGAUCUGA